CCAUUCUCCACUGAAGCCCAUCUUAGCGGGCGCACCCUAGCAACAUCGCUCCGCUUUCGAAGAAAUUUCCUGUCGCAGUCACAUCCUCCAUUCCGCAUUCCGCACAUGCACUCCAAUUCACCGAGCAUAAACCGGGACGUUUCGAGAUUAUCGUGUCCGGCGCGUCUCGGGCGCUGCUAACUAGCAGCUCACCACCCAGUUCACAAUCCAAUCUAAUCCGUUCCGCUCGACGCAGCGCCUGCUCCUGUUUCUCAUGUCCCGCGCGGCCCUAUCGCUGCGUCAUGCGCAUCCACUUAGUCGAUGAUUGGCGGUGACUGGCUGCCAACGCCGCUAGAUCGCGUGUCCAGGCCCUCCCGAACUCUCUUUCCUCCACCAAAAUUCAAAACCAACAACAUUAUCGGCCCACCUAUCACAAAACUCCCGUCAACCCGAUUCUCCAACUGGAAUAAUAUGUUAUAGCAACUCACGCCCGAACCUGUCGCCAUCGCCUGCCGUUGCGCAAGAUUAUCCCUCAUCCAAGCCCGGCAGGCCUACUGGCGACACCGUUUGCAACUCUUCUUUCACAACCAUUUCAAGUGCGUUCCAAUUUGGGCACCAUAGGUAGCUAUCAUGGCGACAAAAGAGGCAGCCUCUCCCGUUGUACUUCCCUCGCCAUCGACGGCCCAAGCGAAGUCCGCUGUGAUGGAGACCAUAGAAGACCUGGCGUAUGGAUCUACUGCAGGUAUCGUGGGCAAGUAUAUAGAAUACCCAUUCGACACGGUCAAGGUUAGGCUGCAAUCCCAACCUGACCAUCUUCCUCCUCGCUACACUGGUCCCCUCGACUGUUUCCGACAAUCCAUCAAAGCCGACGGUGUCCUUGGGCUAUAUCGUGGAAUCAGCGCGCCCCUCUUCGGUGCCGCUGCCGAGACUAGCAGCCUCUUCUUUUUUGAGCGCAUAGGGCGCGAAGCCGUAUAUGCUUCUGGAUAUUGUUCGCGCGACCUAAUUCUUCCCCUACCAGCAUUGUGGUUCACAGGCGCCUUCGCAGGUGCUUUCACGUCUGUCGUGCUUACGCCGAUUGAGCUCGUCAAGUGCAAGGUCCAGGUGCCAGCUAGUGCAGAUGGUGUAACACCCAAGGUGCCUAGCGUUACUUCGGUCAUCCGUGAUGUCUACAAGCACGAAGGAAUCAGAGGCUUCUGGCGUGGCCAAAUGGGCACCUUUCUGCGAGAGUCAGGUGGCUCCGCGGCUUGGUUUGGCGCGAAGGAAACAACUACCAAGAUGUUCUACCUCAUGAACAACCGAUCAGCUACUUCUCAAUUAGAGAGGGAUGCACUCGCUACAGAGGCGCUGCCUCUGUGGCAACAAGCCGUAGCGGGUGCAUCCGCUGGCAUGUCCUACAACUUUUUGUUCUUUCCUGCGGACACUAUCAAGAGCCGCAUGCAAACCGCGCCGGUCGGUGGAAGCAGACAGAAUCGGUCCUUCAUGCAGGAGGUCAGGUCUUUAUGGAACCACACUGGUCUCCGUGGGUUCUACCGGGGAUGCGGCAUCACGGUGCUACGCUCAGCCCCUAGCUCCGCCUUCAUAUUUAUGGUUUUUGACGGUCUGAAGCGGUAUCUGCCGCUAUCAGGGUAAUAUUCUUCAGAAUAGAUCUAGAUAGAUGGUAUCGCGACAUUUAGUGAGCGUGCACGGCGUUGGGGCGCAUUUCGUCGAUUGUUUUGAGAUGGAUCAAUACAUGGCAUCGCUAUUGGUUGGGUAUGAGUAUACAUAUCUAUAUGCGAGGCUCUAGGGCCUAUCCAAACCACCGUCAAUUAUCAUUAACCGCCAUCUUUUACUGGUCUUUGCCGAGCGCCUUCCUUGUAGCAAGCGUCGACUCCGAGAUGUCCCAGCGAUUUAAGUACCCCACUCCAGCAUUCAGUACAAGUACGUUAGAUACCCGUUUAUGCCGACGAGGGACACUAUGUUCGCGAAAGCCAGCGCGGGACGACGCAGCCCAAAGAACAACGGCAUCCAGACCAAGUUAAGACCGAGUUGUGCCGAGUACAAUGUUUGUAGACUAUCGGCGGAAAUCCCCAGCGGAGAUGAGAACAGUGGCGAGGAGGCGCGCAUUACCGCACGAUGGGCGGCGUAGCCCAUUAGUCCGUAGAGCGUUGUCCAGGCUGGGCCGAAGACGUAGGGCGGUGGCCGCAGGGGCGGCUGCUUCAUCGCAUUGU